AUGAAUGAAGACCAGGUGAAUGACAUAAUCCAGAGAUGGCGAGACACUCAGGAAGAAGAUCUGAAGCUUGAUGACUACCAGCUGUUCAAGAAUUUGGGAUCUGCAUGUCUCACUGAAGGCGACGGUGAACAACUCCUUCAAUUUGUCCAGGAUGAGAAAAACCAGGGGAUCUUGAAGUCUAUGGGUCAUGUUCUCUUGGCACCUCUUAUAAAUGAUGCAGUUAAAAAAAAGAAGAAUCUUAACCACUGCCAGGCUGCCAUCACACAUCUGAUUAAGACCUGCCGCCCAAAUCAUCUCCUGAACAGCUUACUUGAAGUAAUUGAAGACAUUGAUCCAGGAGCAAUUUCUGAGACCAUCUUAGCUCUGAUUCCACAUCUUCAAACAGUCCUGCUCCGCCUGGAUGAGAGGAAGGCAGCCGGCGUGGGAUUGGUUCUGUCGGCUCUACAGAAGCAGGUAUCCCGGCUGCCUGUGCCUUACACCCAGCAGCAGGUGGAGGCUGAUGAGCUGGGUCUGUGCCGCUGCUGCACCGCCUUGGCUGCAUUUAUGAAGCCUUUCACAGAGGAGGUGAAGAGGAAAGACAGAAACUGUGUCACCACAGCUGAAGACGAGGAGCUGAAGACGGAGAUUCUGAAGUUCUGCAUGAGGAGCCUGAGAGAACCUUUGCUUGAAGCCGAACUGAACCGAGACAGAAAAUCACCACUGUGGCUCUUUGCAGUCGAGAUAAUGGUCACUCUACCUGCCAUCACAGAGCCUCUUUCAGGGCUUCUGUUCUUCAGCUCUCAGAGGAAAAGCACCAUGAUGGACAGCAGUCAGACCAAUGAGUCAAAAGCAUGUCUGGCUUACCUGCUGUUUGUCCAGCUCAUAACCAUAGACAGCUUCCCAGCAGUGUUCAGUCCUGUAUUUGUUCUUCAGUGCAACAUGGAAUACAUCAAUCACCUGCUCAGUCGGAAAAAGGAGUCUUACUUGCUAAAAGGACUGGCACUGUUUUCAAAAAGCUUGGAGAAUAUACAGGACAACAGCCUUCCAGUGAGUCUACUGGAACAGAAGAGCGUCUAUAGUGUAUCACAGAACCUGCGGCAACUUCUCACUGACUGCCCAAUGCAGCAUCUGAGAGAAUCAGGACUAGAGAUCUUCCAGCUUUUCAUCAAUAAAUUAGAUGCCGAAGCGAAGCACAAGUUCUUUAGGUGCAUGUUAAAAACCAGCAGCCAUGCAGGAGUGGAAAGUUACAUAGUCAAGAACAUCAGGAACCAAAUAGAAUUUUCCAUGAAGCCAGGAAACGCCAAUAAGUGGUUCUUGGGAACAGAGCUUCUCCCACUGCUGGGACUGGUGCUAUGUUUACCACAAGGUGCUGAGACAGAUUUACUCAACAGUAUGGACAAGAUAAUGGAGAGUCUGAAUCUUCUACGCUAUGUCCUUAUCAGGGACAAAGAACUGAGAAGCAAUGCAGAUGUGUGGGAAGAGCUGUGCAGGAUCAAAGACGAAUACCUAAAAAUGCUGCGCGUGUGUAUCAGCAUAUCAAGAGCAUAUUACUCCUCUGAGCUGAAAGCACUGAAGGAGGAUCAAAAGCUAAAAGCAAAAGAAGCCAGAGAUGCUGCUAGAUCCAACAGAUUAGUCAAAAGCAUAACAGUAAAACAUGAGAAAGUGUCCAACAUGUCCCCAGAGGUCCAGAACCAGGUGUUGCAGAGUGCAUUGGUGACAUUUGACCUGAUGGAGAGUCUAAUAGUCCGUAUUGAGGAAAUCACAGAGGAAAAGCUGACCAAACUAAACUGAGGCCACUGUGUAACUUCACAUCACUGUGUAAUUUUUCUAAGCACAGUUUUUUUUUUUUUUUCAUUGUUUGAUUGAUUUAAGGAAAUCCUGUGCUGAACAAAGUGUGUAUUUUCUUAAGCCAGAACAGUUUAAAUUAAAGGUAAAAACAGAACAAACUGUGCUACUACUGAACCUCGAAACACAUCUUUUAUCUCUGCAUUUGUAUAUUCACCAAGUUCAGGCUUGUGCAGGUUUGCAUUAAAUAAAAGAGAACAUUGCUGGA